GCGCGCCCCGCGGCCUUAUAUCAAUCGAUAGCCUGAAAAAGGCCUCAGGUGCACUUUUAAAGGCCACUCAUUGUUUUUUCCUCGUCCGAACUUGAUGAGUACCGCUCUAUACGUCGACGCUGGCAUUCAGGCAUCCAAGUACUGCAAUGUCGGAACAUUUGCUGUUUUAGUUUUUGACUAUUGCAUCACUCUAGAGGCAGAGUCGCAGUGGGUAUGGCACCGAAAAUGGACGUUGGUGCGAUUUAUAUUCACCCUAUCGCGGUACUUGCCAUUCUUUGGCAUUGGGAUGACAUUCGUGGCUGCGUUUCGAACACAAUACUAUCCUGGUGAAAGUUGUGUUGUGUAUGGAAAGGCGUCCAAUGUGUUGCACAUUCUGUCCAUUUUAGCUGCAGAAGGAUUGCUAAUAACGAGGAUAUAUGCUUCAUGGAACAGCAAGCGUCUUUUGAUAUCCUUAUUGGUAUUUUCUGCAAUUUGUGUGGUCACUUCUUAUAUCCUCUCGGACACCAAACUGGUACCUAAUUCUACAAACACGACCCCAAUUUACUUUCCGAACAUGAUCGGUGUUGACAUACCGGAUCCGGGCGAUUGUCUUUUUAUAGGCGGGAGAAACAAUGUCUUUAACUACGCUGCAUUGUUACUUUAUGAACUGGUUCUCUCCUGCUUGAUGUUGUUCAUCAGGUUCAGAAGAUACCGGGGUACUGUUGGGCUACUCCAACGAACAUUUUUCAAUGAUACCAUGAAGUAUAUGAUUUGCAUCAUGAUCAUGUCCUCAUUCAGUAUCCUCUUGACCAUGUUGUCUCCGGGUACAUGGGUUUCUAUCACAAACUCUCCGGAGAUCGUCAUUCACAGCGUCCUGGCCUCUCGCAUACUUUUCAACAUACGAGAAAGUGAAGGACGCUCGGGAACAGAGCCUCAGGUGGAGAUAUCUGAUAUUCAAUUCGCAAGGCCAUCCCCUCAAUGCUGAGAUUCGAGGUUUCAUGAAGAUUAUGGGUGGAGUACAGGGCUAGUCCCAGCACGUAUAUGUUUCAUUGUCAAAUACUGGGUAGUCGGCUUACGAAGGAUAGCACACCGUCGACUGUGAAGUAUUCGCCGUUUCACCUUCACCCACUUCACCGUAGCUUAGCACUAUCCGUUUGCAUAGCCAUGUUAGUUCCUUGGCACAGCACC